UUAUUCUGAGCCCCGGUGAAAGCCACAAUCUUCCUCUUCCGCCUCUAUAUUAAAGAAGAUGUCUAACCGAAACCACAUUCUAGGAAGCGUCACACUUGAGGAAGUUUCUGCGUAUCUUCUGGUUUUGCUCUGUUGUGCUCACGUCAACCCAACCCAUGGAUUUUCAUUAAACAACUGCACGAUCGGUUUCCCCUUCCAGUACUCUGGAAAUCUCAAGGUGACGUGCAACAGGAUGGGCUACAGGGAGGUCCCUAGACCGCUACCCAACAACACCGUCAAUCUGGACAUUUCCUUCAAUUCCAUCUCCAAGAUUCUUCAUUGUGAUUUCAUCAGCCUCACACAUUUGAUCACAUUGAACAUGUCUCACAACAGGAUAUCUGAAAUAGAAAGCAGCACUUUUAGUAGCUUGAGAAACUUAACAGAGCUCAACUUGUCCAACAACAAACUAAACAAUGUGUCUGCCGGUCUCCUUAGCGGUCUCAUCACUCUUUCUCAUUUAAUGCUCGACUCAAACUACAUUGAGACCAUCGAAAACCAGUCUUUUGUAACUCUUUCCAAUCUGAGGUGUGUCAACCUCACUAGUAAUCGCUUGCAGCACAUUUCCAGACUCCACGGCGUCCUUCAAGUACUCACUUUAGAGCAUCUAUACUUGGGAAAGAACGGCUUUGCAGUACUCAACUCAAGUGACUUCCCAUCCGCACUCCCCGCAUUAAAACUGUUGGAUUUAUCACUGAAUCCAUUGAUAGUGUUCAAGAUAACAGAAAACAUCUUCCCUGCUCUUGAGUACUUGAACUUGUCACGCUGUUUCUACAAAGGAUCUGUGGAUUGGACGGUUUCAGACAAGAUGUUCCUAAACUCCGUCAAGACCCUCAAUCUUAGUAAGAGUAAUAUUUCGGAGAAACAACUGGCUCACAUAAUACAGAGUUUCUCAUCUGUUAUGUGGAUGAGACUAAAUGAUUUGAAGGGAUUUAAAGUCCGCAGAAUUUUACCAGUGGCGUGUUCUACGCCUUUAAGGGGUCUUGCCUUUGAGGAUAACGAUCUGUCUGUACUAACUGACGAAACGUUCAGUCCUUGUACAAUCCUGAAUGAGUUACACCUAAGAAACAACAGAAUAUCAAGGAUGUAUAAAUCAACCUUCAAAGAUCUGAAUAACUUGACAGUGUUGCGUAUACAAAAGAACAAGUUGACGGAGUUGAACGGAACUCUUCAGGACCUUCCCAAGUUACAGUUACUCGACCUUCAUCUAAACCACAUGGAAAAUCUCGACUGCUCGGAUUUUGCAAAUCUAACAGAGUUAAGGACACUCUACCUGCAUUCUAACAGAAUUACGACAAUAAAGGCAUGUAUAUUCAAACAUUUAGAAAAUCUAUAUGAACUCGAUUUGAGCACUAACAGCCUGUUAACGGUCGGUUACGCCUUCACAAACGGCCCCCAAAAUCUUAAGCACCUGAAUUUGAAGUCCAACAAAUUAAGCGUCAUCCAAAACAACUCGUUUAAAGGUCUACGGUCCCUUAUGGUCUUAGAACUCGAAGACAAUCAAAUAUUAGACAUUAAGUCCUACGGCUUCGCAGGAAUGACAAAUUUAACAGAGCUUAAUUUAUCAUCAAACAAAAUCACAGAAAGAAAACUAAGAAACCACACAAUCUUCUCAAGUACACCCAGCCUUCGGAAUCUGCACAUGAGCUGUAAUUAUUUGUCGUACGAAAGUCACGAAGAGCUACAACAUCCUCCCUUUGCCACUUUGACCGAACUGAAAGUGUUGGCGAUAAACAGUCAGCGUCGAGGGUUACGAUACAUGCCUUCAAAUUUCCUGAAAGGCCUAAAACAUUUGCAAGCCUUUUACGCCGGUAAUCUGAAUAUGGAGCAUUUGCAUGUUGACACGUUUAGUCACACUCCCAAUCUUGUUAUCUUAGAUUUGUCCAGCAAUAAUUUUGCAGACAGACAUGCCUUGACGGCCAUGGUUUUUCAUCCAAUACCCGGACUAGAGAAACUUACACUAGUCAGAGCUCACCUUCAGACGCUGGACUUCUUUUUGGAAGCAAAUCUCACCAAUCUUAGAAAUCUACGUGCCAACAUCAACGACCUUCAGCUGAUAAACCAAACUGUGAUCCAGUCCCUUCCUCAUUUAAAGAUUCUGGAUUUACACUCCAACAGUUUCACGUGUGACUGUAGUAACGCCUGGUUCGUCGACUGGGCCAUUAUGAACAAUGACACUCAGGUGCCUUACCUUAACAUGUACAAAUGCCGUUACCCUCCUUCUUUAAGCGGAUCAAGUCUGGCCACAUUUGACACAGAAUCAUGCAACGUACAUUAUGACUUUGUCUGCUUUGUCUACAGUUCUACUGCCAUCAUCGUCACUAUGAUUAUUUCAUUCAUCUAUCACUUCCUAAGAUGGCAGGUGGUCUAUGCGUAUUACCUUUUCUUAGCAUUUCUCAAUGACAGAAAGAGGAGGGGAAACAAAAAUCAUGAGUUCAGAUACGACGCCUUCAUUUCCUACAACGUCCGGGAAGAGCCUUGGGUUAUGGAAGAGCUUGUACCAAACCUAGAGGGUCAACACGGCAUGAAACUGUGUAUCCAUCACAGAGAUUUCCAGCCGGGCAAGGCCAUCAUCGACAACAUCGUAGACGGAAUAUAUAACAGCCGCAAAACCAUCUGCCUGAUCACGCAGAACUAUCUGAAAAGCGUUUGGUGCUCAAAUGAAAUACAGGUGGCCAGCUUCAGGCUCUUUGACGAACAGAAAGACGUUUUGAUUCUGGUUUUCCUUGAGGAUAUACCCAUACACCAGCUCUCCCCGUAUUACAGAAUGCGGAAACUGGUUAAGAAGCGAAGCUAUCUGCAGUGGCCCAAACCAGGAACAGAUACAAAAGUCUUCUGGCAGAAACUUAAAAUGGCUAUCGAGACCAAGGAGACUAUGGAAGAUGACACACAGAUUCUUUCUGGACAAGAAAAAGAAUGUUCUUGA